AUGGGCAGUAGAAAACGACGGCGCACGGUCUCCAGCCUAAUCCCGCAUCCUGUCGUUACUCGCCCAAGCGCUUGUCCCAGCAGCAUAACACGCGCGUGCAAUCUGCCACCAGAAUGCAUAAUAAAAAUCUUAGUAUAUUUGCAGGCGUCUAGUCUUCAUUCAUGUCGAGAAAUAGGAGCCGAAACCAAAUACCGCCAACACGGCCAGGACGACAUAAAAUCACUGAGAUCCUGCAUGCUUGUGAACCGAACGUGGUGUGAGAUUGUGGCACCUAUUCUUUGGCGUCGACCGUUCAACUAUCAACCGAUGAAGACUGGUAGAUGGCUGAUCGAUAUGUAUCUUCGAUUUUUGUCGCCGGAACAGAGAAAGUAUUUAGGAAUAAAACUGUUGGAUAAAUCGACUCCGCUCUUUGACUAUCCCUCAUUUCUACGCGAAUUGCAUUAUCAGGAGCUGUAUAUCGCAAUAUUCGACUGGGAAAAAUCUCAUUAUAAAUCAGAAGCCGAGUUUGAGAAACGCGUGGCCGAGUGGACUUCCAAGACAAGGUCACACAAUGACUUGGCGAAUUAUUUUCCCAUUUCCAAGAUUGGCGCGGAAUUAGCAAAGAUGUUUCUAUCCAAAUGUUCGACGUUCGAUCUCUUGUGUUUGGGCACAUCUCGUAUAGAAUAUAAAUGGAAUGAAGUGCAAACAGCGCACGUCGCUUUGCCCACAUUUCCUGGAGCGAGAAAGGCACUCUCACAGCUUUGGGGGUUUGUGUGUUCUGGAGAUUACGAGAAAAGGGAAAUAUUUGAAUCCAUGUCGGAAUAUUGUCGUGAAAUCUCUGUAUUGACGGCAGAUGGACUAUUUGAGCGGGAAGAAGGUGUGCACGAAGCCCUUUCGACAUUGAUUCGAAGUCAGAGGAAGCUAGAGAUUUUCAUUCUAUGUCGAUGUUUCAAUACAUUCAAGGUUUUGCCUUCGCUGGAUAGCCAGCGGCGCACGUUACGAUAUUUGCAAUUUACAGAAUGCCACUUUAUGGGAGCUGAUCCUCUGCUUGUGUUACAAAAUAGUGAUAAUGCGAUCAGGCAGCUCGAGUUUGUAGAUUGCAAGUUCUUUGCUUGUAGUAAACCGCGCGACAAGAUCAACUGCAGACAGCUGGAAACAUUGAAAUUCAGCAAGUGUACUUCGAUAAAUGGUAUUAUUGAUGGAUUCACUGGUUGUAAAUUUCCCCAGCUGAGUGGUUUAGAGAUAGCGGAUACUGCAUGUGAUGCGGCCCCCUUGUACGAGGUGCUGAAAAAUGCUGGCGGUAGUUUGAGGGAGUUGAAGGUACUUUCUGUGAAAGGUAUCGGAUCGGGGAGCACGCUAAUUGAGCAUUUGGCCAGACAUUGUCCUAAUCUAGUAGUACUGCAUCUCGCACUUCAGCACGAAGCGCUGAAUAAAUUGUGUAUUCUGUUUCGAGCAACAAAGAAUUUAGUAGAAAUGGUAAUUGAUAGAGGGACGGACGUUAGAGUGGUGCACGAUAUGAGCAGUGUGUUGAGCAGUCUGGGGGCGGAUGUGCCGGCUUCCUUGCGAGUGUUGUCUAUAGGAACGCAUUGCGCAUUCCAAAUUCAGGCAGUGAAGGUAUUUCUUGGACAGUGUAAAGCACAAAUGAAGUCGUUAACGUUGUAUAGUUAUGGGGGUGAGGAUGAGAACAAGGAAGUGAUAACGGGAUAUGCUGGAAGGAGAAAGUUUAAGAUAAAGAAGGUUCUGCAUAAUCAAUCUGCAGUUGCUAAAUUGUCGGUUGAUUUUGACUGA